GCGGGGCUUCGCGCUCGCCCGCUUUAAGUGGGCAGAGCGCAUGCGCUAACUUCCUCUUUUUCCGGCUGGAACCAUGGAGGGUGCAGAGGAGAAGAAGAAGAAGGUGGCUGCUAAGCCACAAACCCGAGAGAAGAAAAAGAAACUUCCCUCUGUGCCAGAAACCCUUAAGAAAAAGCGGAGGAAUUUCGCAGAGCUGAAGAUCAAGCGUCUGCGAAAGAAGUUUGCCCAAAAGAUGCUUCGAAAGGCAAGAAGGAAGCUUAUCUAUGAAAGAGCUAAGCAUUAUCACAAGGAAUAUAGGCAAAUGUACAGAACUGAGAUUCGAAUGGCUAGGAUGGCAAGAAAAGCUGGGAACUUCUAUGUGCCUGCGGAACCGAAGUUGGCAUUUGUCAUCAGGAUCAGAGGUAUCAAUGGUGUGAGCCCAAAGGUCCGAAAGGUGUUACAACUUCUUCGCCUUCGUCAGAUCUUCAAUGGCACCUUUGUUAAGCUCAACAAAGCUUCAAUUAACAUGCUGAGGAUUGUGGAACCAUAUAUUGCAUGGGGGUACCCAAACCUUAAGUCAGUAAAUGAAUUGAUCUACAAGCGUGGCUAUGGCAAAAUCAACAAGAAGAGAAUUGCCCUAACAGAUAAUGCAUUGAUUGCUCGAUCACUUGGUAAAUAUGGCAUCAUCUGUAUGGAAGAUCUGAUUCAUGAGAUCUAUACUGUUGGGAAACGCUUCAAAGAGGCAAACAACUUCCUCUGGCCCUUCAAGUUAUCUUCUCCACGAGGUGGAAUGAAGAAGAAAACCACCCAUUUUGUAGAAGGUGGAGAUGCUGGCAACAGGGAAGACCAGAUCAACAGGCUUAUUAGAAGGAUGAACUGAGGUGUCUGCCAUUGAUUGUUUUUGUAAUCUGGUCAGUUAAUAAACAUUAACUGCUUUCAAAUUGAAAUGGAA